UCCCGUAAGUCGGCGUAUGAAGACACUCCGUUGCAGUGAUGAGAUCGAGGCUGUUCUGGAUACUGGCGAUUAUAUACUCCUCACUCCAUCACAUCGGCUCGGGCUCCACGUCGACCACAUUGAAACGACCGCGAGCUGGCGAUCCAUUCGACACGUUCCCCAAGAACUUCUGGCAGGAGUUCUCGUCGCCGUUCACCGACACGCCCGAGGAUGAGGAGCUGGAGGUCACCGAGACGACCACGCACGAGCCGUUCCCGUUCUUCGCCGAUCCGUACACCACCCUGAACAUCAGCACCCAGCUCUCGUCCAGCGUUUAUCUGCACUGCCGGGUGAACGAUCUGCAGGGCAAGACGGUGUCCUGGAUGCGGCGACGUGGCGAGGACCUCACCCUGAUCACCUUUGGCCAGCACACGUAUAGCGGCGACUCGCGCUAUUCGCUGGAGUUCGAGGAGCCCAACGAUUGGAAGCUGCUCAUCCAGUUCGCCAACGAGCGGGACGAGGGUCCCUACGAGUGCCAGGUGUCCUCGCAUCCGCCGCUCGUCCUGCUCGUCUACCUUACGAUAAUUGUUCCUCACGUGGAGAUCCUCGACGAGCGGGGCUCGGCCACGCCGGAGAAGUACUACAAGGCUGGCAGCACCAUCGAGCUGCAGUGCGUCAUUUCCAAGAUUCCGCAUCCCUCCUCCUACAUCACCUGGCGGCACGGACCGCGCCUGCUCAACUACGAUACCAGCCGCGGAGGAAUCAGUGUGAAGACGGACAUGCUGCCAGGACGAGCUCUGAGUCGCCUGUACAUCGCCAAUGCCAAUCGCCAGGACACCGGCAACUACACCUGCAUGCUGGGCAAUGAGAUUACGGAGACGGUGGUGGUCCAUGUGCUAAACGGUGAGGAGCCAGCCGCCAUGCAGCAUGCGAAUGGAAGCCGCCAAAAGGCCGACGCCUCCACAAUGGUUGUGUUAUUUCUAGUGGGCGUGUGCAUCUCCGGAUCCAUUUCCGUAGCCGGAAUAGUACGGGGAUUGAGCUCGGCACGGACAUGGGGAUGGGGAUGGGAGUCCAGACGAUGACGACGCAGCCUAAUCCGGGGAUCGUAGAUCCCAGAUUGUGUCCCGGGAAAUGCAUACACCAAAUGAGUCUUUGUCCAGGAUUGCAUUUUCGACUUUUACUCUAAUCAUGGGUUGUUUAACGUACGAUACAUAGCAUAAACCGAAUACUAAGCUUAAGUCAAGUGUAUUUAAAAACAAAAACCGGAAAUCGAAAGAUCGCAAGAUCGAAAACACGUACUAGUAAGGGCGUACGCGAAAUUUAGAUGAGAAAUUGAUUUUUAGCGCUAGAACAUAACAUUAUUAGUAUCAUAAUCGAAUCGAAUUGUACUACCAAAACGGCCGUGUUUAUGUUGGCUAAAACAUAUUGAUCUUAUAUACAUACACAUUAUACAUUAUUGCAUCUAACGUAUCCAUUUAGCUCUUUGUUACCACCACGUCAUUAUGGAUAUGCAUACCUAGAUUUGUAAGGUCCAAAAGAUUAAAGCAUGUUUAAAGCAUUGUUUCCCACUCGGAUCGCCUUCGAUCCGAAGGUCGUCACAAAUAUUUCCAUAACGCUCGUGUGUAUUCUAUAUCCCGAUUAACAUAUAGUAUACACCUCCGAUCCAAGGCCUUGUUAAUGAAAAUAUGGUUGUAGCUUCUUGAAAUCAAACAGCAUAUCAGUUGGGAUCAUUCUAAUCGUAAUAAUAAUCAACACCGAUCGAAAUCGUAGUUCAUUUAUCCCUUAUUCUUCAUUCAGUUUUUUGCCUUUUUCUCCGAUUUUUUGAAUACUUAGUGCAUUGAUAACUGGAGAGCUAAGGAGGCUAACAUACACACACAAAAAAAAAAGGUUGUUAAAUUAUUGAAAUAAUUCGAAACAUUAUAAAUGCGUGAGCUUGAUCAGAGAUUGGGUUUUCCUUGGUUUAUCCAUGAUCUAGAAAUGUAGAAGAGAAACACUUAGGUAAUGUUUAACGUUAACAAAACUGUGCCAUUCAAAAUGGAUACAUAUCGUUUAAUUGUUGUUAAUUCGGUUGCGGAACCAAUGACCAUUUGAGGCAGAACAAAUUGAUUCUAUAUAUUUGUAUCCUUUUGAAGUCGAAAACACAACACAACUCGGACCAAUGGGUAAAUACUUGAUUCUUUGAUUGAAAACGGUCCCAAAAACCAAAACGAAAAUCAAAAUCGAAAACCAAAACCAAAACCAAAACCGAAUCACCUAAAAGUAAUUCAAUUAAACGAAAUAAAUCACGAUCAAGAACAAGAAGCAAAUGAAUACUUGCCACUUUCAUUUCUCGACUUGGGCGCAAGGUGAGGAGCCAUCAUUCGGUAUUCACAUAGCCAAUGCCCACUGUACCCCCCCACAUGCGAGUAUAUCAGUUUAUGUCUUAAGCUUUAGCUUCGAACGAUCACCGCCUAUAUAAGCUCCAAAAAAACUUUCGAUAUCCUUACUCACUGACGGCUUUCCAAAUACAUAUUGCUUUCAAGAUCGGUUAUUAUAUACAUACUUACAUACCAUACACUCUUCUUACAAAUUGUAUUUUGAAUCAAAGCUCAGCUUGGAACACACAAGAAAAAUACAAAAAUAAGAAAAGUUAAGUAACGAAAUUAUUGAUAAGGCUUGAGGCCUAAGUACUUGGGUAAACUUAUUUCAAAUGGUCCAGUGUAGUUAUUGUAAAUUAUUCAAAUUGAUCCCGACCCCAAUCGGUCCUUGGAGUAUGCCCUUAAAUAACACAAAUGAAAAACAAAAAACAAACAAAAUACAAAAAAACAAAAACAAGACAAAUGUUGGAGUGAGAUAACGAAACAAUACUUAGAGACUAAAGAAAGUGACGAAACGAAACUUUUAGAAAGAUUUUGGUUACAGAAUUAUAUUUAAUAAUUACUACAUUUAAAAUUGAGAUUAUAAAACUACAUACAUACAUAAUGUAUAACGCGGACGUCCUAUGGUCAAUAGCCGAUUGUCAGCAAAAUGCAAAAAGCAAAAACCAA